AUGAGUGAAAAUGCAUUAUCGAUUGCAUAUUUCUGCGCAAAAUAUCCCAAUGUCGUUAUUGAAAAUUCUAUUAAUCCUAAUUGGUAUGCGCUACUCAAGUCAGUAUUCGAGCAGAAUGAGGAAAACUUGACACAGCUGAACCAUUUCCUUGCGAAUAUUCUGGAACCGGUGAAUCCUGCGAAAGAACAUAUCUGGGCUUUCACCAGAUUCUGCAAUCCAGAUGGAGUUAAGGUAGUGAUAAUUGGGCAAGACCCAUAUCCUUCACCAGGUUUGAGAAAUGUCAUGGGCUUCAGUGUGAAUCGUCCAAAUAACUUUAUACCACAGUCAUUGAAGAAUAUUCUCGAUGAAGUUCAGAGAGAUAUAUCUAACUCUCGGUUUGCUCCCUCUUUAAGGGGAUAUCCCCCACAACAUGGAUGUUUGGAAAACUGGGCCAGACAGGGAGUUGUUCUCUUGGAUGCUGUACUAACUGUGACGCAAAACGAUCCACAGUCUCAUAGAUUCAGAGGCUGGGAGAAAAUAGUUGGUUCCAUUAUCAUGUACUUACAAAAUAUCGCAAACAAUAAUGAAAGAUUCAUAAUUUUCAUGUUAUGGGGAAGAGUUGCUUGGGAUUUGAAAACAUACGUUGAAAAUAUUGGGGGCAGAAUUCUUCUUGCAGGCCAUCCUUCAUCUGGUAACGAGAAUAACGAUUUUAUGGGAUGUGGACAUUUUUCAAUCGCCAAUGAAAUCUUGAUCGGCGCUGGACAACAACCAGUUGACUGGUCUCUGGCGUGA